AUGUUGAAUACAGCUGAUGGCACCAUGAAAUUCAGACGUGUUGUCUUAGUUUUCUCGAUAGUCUUUGCUACUAUCACCAUGCUUAUUCUAAUAUCAGACACCCCUGAUUGUGAGAGAUUGAGACUCGGGCUCUGGAUGGCUUUCUCUAUUCAUUUCACUUCUUUCUUACUUUUAUUAUUUCACUUCAUUGGACUUGGUUUCAUACUCAAAAAGCUGGGCAGAAUUCUUGGAAUCUACUACUUUUAUAUGGUGGGAGCGAUGUUCUACACUUAAAUAAUCUUCUUCUAAUCAAAGGAGUGUAAUAUAAUGGCUCCUCUUCUAUAUUUUUGGGUCAUGCUAAAUAUCAUUAUGUUCUAUGUAUUGGUAGCUUAUGGUAUAGCUUUAUGGGGUGCUUACAUCUGCUGGGAAUCAGAGAAAGAGGAGAAAUAAUUAUAAGAAGCUAUGCAAAAAUAUAUUAAAAAGAUUUCUCACAGAGAAAAGAAUAAUCCAUUGAUGGUUGAUUUGGAAAAAAGUUCUGGGAAAAAAUUAUUAAAAGAAGAGGGGGAAAAAAAGAAAAAGAAGAAGAAGCAGCAAAAAUAGAAAUAGCUAGCUAUAGCUGGCGAAGUCAAUGAGCUAGAUUGA